AUGUCCGACGUCCCACCAACCGAGCCGAUUCCCAAACCAGAGGAACCUAAAGCACCAGCCCCUGCACCUCAGCAACCUCAGUUCCAGCAAGUCCCUCCACCAAAUUACUACCAAUUUCCACCUCAAGGUUACUACCUACCACAAGGCUUCCCGAACUACCCUCCUCCUCAGCCUAUGCCUUACUUCCCCAACCCUUGGAUGUUUAUGCAAAACCCUGCCCCACAAUUCCAAUCUCAAUCCAAGAGAGACCAAGAGUUCGAGGAAGGUCUGAACCGCUUACGCAAAGAUUAUGCUACUGCCCCUAUGGAAGACGACAGGCUUUCAGUCUCUUCCCUCAAAUCGACCGAUUCGACUCGUACCACAGAUUCGGUUCGUGACCGUGAAGACUACCUCAAGCAGUCUGAGAGACUCUUCAUCUUACAAUCAUUUACAACUGGAGCUCUCAAGAACAUGCGCAAUUACGAAGGUCAGACACCAGCUGGAGACCGCAAAACAGACGUACUCGCAAGAGCAGUCCAACUGGUCAAGACAAAGACUGAGAUAGUCGACUUCAUUCUUGCAGCUUGCCCAUACAAGUAA